GCAGGGUUUCCGGUGACGCCAAACAGUUCACAGUUGUUAACUGUAUUAAUAGUUGCACUAUGGACUUUCCGCAAAGCCUGUGAUGGAAAGAUUAUGUGUUGCUAUUUCAAAUAUAUAAUAAGCCAGAACAAUGAUUUGCAUACUUUUAGUUGCAGGGCACGGCACGAUUUUAGAGACACAGAUCAAGAGUGAUGUUACAGGUCUGUAUUCUCAUCUGGCCGGUGUGCCCAAAGCUCUGUUACCUGGAGUGGGGGGAAAGAAAAUACUGGAUUUCUGGUGGGAAACCGUCAACACGCGCCAGCUCUUCAGCGAAGUCUAUCUGGUUACAAAUGCUGAUAAAUACAAGCACUACGAACGGUGGGCAACAGCAAAUGAUUUUCCAGUGGAGAAUGUUGUAAAUGAUGGCAGCACUACUUUGGACGACAGACUCGGGGCUGUCGCAGAUCUUGAGUUGGCCAUCCGAAGCCGACAGCUACAAGAUGAUAUCAUGGUGAUCGCAGGAGACAUGCUUUGUGCUGAUCAGAACUUUGAUAUUGCACAAGUCAUUCGUUUUUUCAGAUCUAAGCCUGGAGAACUUGCUAUAUAUUAUGAGCUGGAAUCGGGAGAGAAGAGCUACACCAGAGGAAUUGUUGAAGUUUGUCCAAACACCCAUCGGGUCAUGCGAUUCCUUGAGAAGCCGCAAGAGGGUGUCACCGCUUCUCGUCUGGCCAGCGUUGUGUUCUACUGCCUGCGUAAAGAGUCCUUAUCGUACAUCUCUGAAUUCCUCAUUCAACACCCAGACGUUAAUGAUAAAACCUUUGGCAAGUUUUGGGAAUGGCUUAUAAAUGAGGAAAAAGUUCCUGUUUAUGGGAUGAAGUUGCCAACAGGAUUUCAACUGAUUGGACAAGUGGGUUUGUGUGAUUACACAAAAUGGCUCGCCCACUAUUCUUCAAAGCUGCAGAUGUCCCCAUCUAAACCCAUUACAUGCCGCUCUUAUGCCAGGGUUGGACUCAUGGGGAACCCGUCUGAUGGUUUCAAUGGGAAAACUAUUGCUAUGAGCAUCGCUAACUUCUGGGCUGAGGUCACGCUCAUGGAGAGCCAGGCUCUGGUCCUUCUACCUCAUCCUCUGAACGACCCCACAGAAUUCGGAAGCUUGCAGGAUCUUUUUAGGAUCAGCCGAAAAGAAGGGUAUUUGGGAGGUCUGAGACUUCUACAAGCCACCUGUAAAAAGUUUUACCAGUUUUGUUCUGAACAAGGCAUUGCUCUGUCCAAGCAGAAUUUUACUCUCAAGUAUGACACAAACAUUCCUCGGCAAGUGGGUUUAGCUGGCAGUAGCGCGAUUGUAUCUGCCACCUUGAAGUGCCUGAUGAAGUUUUACAACAUCACAGACAACGAUCUUCCUAAACCAAUCAGAGCCAACUUCAUCCUCAAUGUGGAGACUGAUGAGCUGUUUAUCACAGCUGGUCUACAGGAUCGAGUUGUGCAGGUCUAUGAAGGCUUGGUUUACAUGGACUUCAACAAACAGCUGAUGGAUGAGCGGGGUUAUGGAGAGUACAUUCCCUUGGACAUGAGCAAUCUUCCCUUGUUCUGGCUAGCCUAUUUGAGUGAUCCAAGUGAUUCUGGACGGAUUCACAGUAAUGUUAGACAGCGCUGGUUGAACGGGGAAUCUGCUGUUGUUGAAGCCAUGAAAUCAUUUGCUGAACUCACAGACCAAGCCCGGGCUGCCUUUCAGUGUAAAGACUGGCUUAGACUUGCACAGCUCAUGGAUGAAAACUUUGAGCUUCGGCGAUCGGUGUACACUGAUGACUGUUUGGGCCCUGGAAGUCUGAAAAUGGCACAGAUUGCGAGACAGUUUGGAUCUGCAGUCAAAUUGCCUGGCAGUGGCGGUGCUGUGGUUGGAUUGUGUAUGGAUCCUGAGAGGCUGGUGGAGAUGAAGAGGGCUUUCCAGGAGGCGGGAUGUGUGUUUUGUCUUAUUGUGCCUUAUGACCCAUCAGAGCAGGGUCAAAACUGAUCACUCCAUUAAAAGGUUAAAGUGUUUGUUUGCCAAAAAACAAUUGUUAAAACAUUCCUUAAAGCCACAGUUCACCCAAAAAUGAAAAAUCUGUCAUCAUUUACUCAUCCUCAUGUCAUGCCAACCAUCAUUUUUUUUUAAUUUUAAUCUAAAAUCUUAAAGUAUUUUCUUUUGUGUUCCACAGAAGAAAAGCAAGUCAUACAGGGGUUUGGAAUGACUUGAGGUUAACUAAUUAAUGACAGAAUUUGCAUUUUUGGGAGAACUAUUACUAGUUUGUCCUAACUUUAAUUUUGAACUUGUGUUCAAAUGAACUUGUCACAGUUUUCCUAUUUCAGACUCAUAAACCACAGGUCAUUGUUUAGUGGAAGGUGGGGCUCCAAUUGUUGUAUGUUUCGGAUAGAAAUGAGAAACAAUUGACUUUGCAGUGGUAGCCUUUCACACCCAUCCUGUUCUUGUGCCGCAAAGACAUUUUUGUGCAGAGCCAAAAGUGUUUAUUCCAGUAGACAUGAUUGUAAAAGAUGGUGUUGUUUGAAUAAAUCUAUAUAUUAUUAUAGUCAACUACCAAGUAAUUACCAAGUUUUAUCAUAUAUGUGUGUCAAUAUGUGAAUUAAUCAAAUGUGUUGACUUACUUUACUUAAGUAAGCAAUGGUAAAUACGUGUUAUUUUGUUCAUUUGUGUCUUAUUUUCUUCAAUUAAAGCGGGUUAGUGUGAA